GUACCUGAAACUAACACAACAUUGUAAAUCAACUAUACUUCGAUUUAAAAAUGUAUAAAUAAAGUUUAAAAAUAAUUUUUUAAAAAGAUAGCUGUUUUCUGUGUGAACACAAUAAUCACUGACCUUGUAAGAAUGCAGUUUAAACUGUGACAGUUUUUUUUCAAUGGGGCUUGGGCACGCUCCAGUCAACUAGAAGAAUUCAGAUAACAUCAGUGAUGCAGGCAAAAUGAUCUCCAUUAAAUAUGCCUUUAAAAAAGGUUUUGGAUCCAAUUUGUACAGUACCCACUGCCGGGUCAUCAUAUCAGCAGAAUAAAAUUUACUGGUUUUCUGCAACUGUUUUUUUCUCAAAUAAGUAACUUUUCUUAGCCAAUCUCUAGGUUUAGACCUGUAAAAAUCUUAAAAUAUUGUGAAUUUAACAAAAACAUUUGAUUGGGAGUCAAUGCCCUUUUAGAACAAACACAUUCUGGCAUGUUACUUUUGAUAAGACUACAAUAUUGAUAAUAUGUCAAAGCCAUUCUGCUCACUUGUGCAUAUUAUGCUGAAAAUGGCAGCUUUGACGUAAAUAAUCUGUUUGUGAAUUCAUUAGCGAAACUGUUACAGACAAAUCACGUUCAUUAUAUUUUCCUUAAGAUUGUAAAUGCAAAUCACAGUUUGGCAAUUUCUUUUCCCGUCCCUCUUUCUAAAACCUUUGUGUGUUUUGGGUAUGGAGGGGGGGAAAAGACAUUUUAGUUGCUUGUUAGGGUUAACCUAAUAACUGGGUUUCACUUAUGAAUUGUUUUAAAAUAUAAACACAUGCAUCAUCUUUCUUCUGUGGCUUUUUUUUUGGAAGUUGUUACAAUCCUUUGAAAUUAAAUUCUAAAAUCCUGAAACGUAAUAUUUAAAGGAAUAUUGAUUUUCUUUAGAUAUGGUGAAAACCUUUUAGUCCUUAGUUUUUAUCUUCCUCCUCUCCUAAAACAGUGGAAAACACUACAUUCAUGGUUCUGGCUCCUUCUUGCUGUACUUAUUCUUUAAAAGGAGUAAAUAUUCUUCAAGUUUCUACCUACAAACUACUUUCUAUAUUUCAUUCUCAUUUACUAACCACAUCUCAGUUUUCUUGGCCGCACAUGAUUGACAAUUCCAAACAUCAAAUGCCCAAACCUCAGUCUCUCUUAGACAAGUAUUUACUGGUAGAUAGCAUCACCCCUCAAACUUAAGUCCCAAACUAAACUCAUCUAGUCCCUCUGCAUUAUCCCUGAUGUUUCUAUUGUUAACCAUUCUCCCAGCCAUGUAGACGCUAAGCGUUAGUUUUUUUUUUUUAUCACUUUUUAUAUCCUGUAAGCUUUACUACUCAAAAUGUCCAAGGAUUAGUAGACUAGCAUUUAUUAGCAUCACUUGGGAGUUUAGUACAAAUGCAGACUCUCAGGUCCCACCCCAGCUAUAAUGAAUCAGAAUGUACAUUUUAACAAGAUUCCCAGGUGAUUCAAAAGCGCAUUAAUACCUGCGGAGCACUGCUCUAACAUUCCGAAGAAAGUGACCAUCUCUCUCAUCCAUGGUACUUUAGCAUAUGGUGGCCACUCUGGUCCUUGUUCACUGUCUGCCUGUGUGUAGAACUAUUUCAACUGGAUAUUGACAAAUUUGGGUCCUAUUUUUCUUGCCUUCCACAAAGUCCCUUUUUUGCAGUUCUCUUUCCACAUCAUCAAUUUCUCCUUCUCUGCUGAUCAUCCCCAUCAGCACACAUGUUCUGCAAAUGGUCAUCAAAAGAAACCAACAGACCUGGUUGAUUUAAGCAAAAGAGGACUUUAUUAAAAGGACAGUGCGGUUAGUAUCACCCUUCCUCUAGCACUGGAUGCUGGUGUCUGUCACUAGCAUUGCAGCCAGGAUUGCCCCCACAAACUCAAGCAUCCUACAACCAGUGCUGCACUAGAAAGUAUUUCUCCUACUCCGCACUUUCUUCCCUCCCCAGCUCCAGACCAGUGGGUACGUCCGAUUGGUGAAGCCUGCCUCAUGCCCACACUCUACCCAAUAGGGAGGCUGGUAAAGAGUGUCUAGCAUUUUCAGCUUCUACAAUACAAGGAAGAUGCUGCCUCCCACCAAGAAUCAUAAUUUAUAGUUUAGGGAAUUUCCAAAGUUCCCUAAAAUUGAAAGGAUUCAGAUUUGCUGCAAGGCUAAAAAAAAAAAAAAAAAAAAAAAUAGCCCGCUUCCACCACACUCACAUAUCUUUUUUAAAAGUUCAUUUUCCUUUCCCCCUUUUGGUGAAAUUUCUCAAAAAGGUUGUCCACACUUGUCCUUAUUUCCUCAUAUCCUAUUCAACCCAUCCCAGUCUAGCUUCUGUCCUCAAAAGCCAUCAUAUUCUCAAAUCCAGCAGACACUUCUUAGCUCACAUCAGUUUAACCUUUCAAUGUUAUUGGAUAGUCUCCUAGCUCCCAUGGCCUCGUUCUCCUGGAAUUUCUUUCUUUCCGACUGCUUCCGUUCAGCUUCCUUUGCUGACUUUCCCUCUGCUCAAUCUCUGUAGGUUUGUUCUCAGAACUCUAUCUCUUCCUCUCUUUAACUCCGUUCACUCCCUAAGUAUUUUUUCAAUCCCAAUUUUUUCCUGCCUUAAAAUUCUCAAGAUUCUUAAAUCUGAUAAUUCCUGCCUUUAGAAAAAAAAUCUAUAGGCUGGUGACCUGUUUGCUGAGCUCUAGAGUUUACAUCUGCAACUGCCUACUUCACAUUUCUCCUUGGAUGUCUAAUAUACAUUUUUAAUUUUAAUAUGUCCAAAGGCAACUCUUUAUUUCCCUCUCUUAACUGCUUCUUUAUGAAGUCUCUCCAAUUUCAAUAAAGAGUUUCAUCAUUCACCCAUUGAUUAAACCAAAAAUCUAAGAGUCAUCCUUGAUUUAUUUUUCUUAAACUCUCAUAUACAGUUUAUCCACAAGUCCAUGUUUUCUGCCUCCCAAAUUCAUUACAGCUCUCCAUUCCUUACAAGGACUCCCCUAGUCUAAGCCAUCAUCAUCUUUUGCUUACAAACAAGUUGUCAUUUCUUACUCUCCAACCUCAAUUUACAGUGUCCUCCCCUGACACCCACACAGCUUUGGCUCCAUUGGUCUCCUUCCUGUUCUUCAAACAAGCCAAGCUACUUGCCAUCCCAAGAUUUUGUAUUUUUCUUCUGCCUGAGAACGUCAGCAAUACUGCUUCCCACCCCAGUUUAUCCCAUGUCUGACUCCACCUUAUCUUUCCAGACCCCCUUUUAUUCUUACCUUCCCUAAAGUAGCCCACCACUUACCUUAUCACAUCAUUUUGCUUACUUUUCCUUUAUAAAGCAUUUUAAAAUUCUGUAAUUACCUUAUUUACCGGUUUGGAGUGUUUCCCCCCUGACUAGAAGAUAAGCAUGAUCAAAGCAGAGACUUGUCUUUUUAAUACGUGGCUGUGUCCCUUGAACUAAAAGGAAGGAUGUCUGUUACAUAGUAGGCAUUCCAUAAAUAUUUGUUAAAUAAUUGAAUGGAUAAUUAAGUGAAUGACUGAUGUCAAAAUCCAUUGAGAUUCCCUAACCUUUUCAUUUCUACCCAAAUGAUUCAUCUUUACUCACCGGUGUUAGCUUGAUAGCUAGUUAGUUACCCAAGACAAGUUUUCUUACUUUGUUCAUUUACUUUUGAUUCUGCCUGGGGUUAUUAAUCAUUUUCAAUAAUAAUAAUAAUAAUAAUACUGCCUUGGGAAGCUAAUAGGAAAAUCAAAGGUCAUGAUGCUGAUAUUUUCAGAAUAUCUCCUGGCUGAUGUGGACAGUAAAUGAUAUUCACCCAUCAAUCAUUCCUCUGCUUCCUGCAACUGAAUCUCCCUGGAGGAGUCAUCAGAUCCUCUCAAACUUGAAGACUGACAGGAAGUCCCUGUGGACACUAGCUCUAUGCAAAAUCAGGAGGGAUCCUUGACCCUAAGAUUUAAAAGCCCCACCUUCAGAACAAAAUUAGAAAACUCAGAGGUUAAGUUAUAGUUAUUGCAGCUUCUGGAAAGGUGUAGAACAUGAAGGGAUUCAGAAGUCUGGUGGUAACAACCUUGACUCUUUUCCUGGUGUUUUCUUUCAUGGGAAAUUCGAACAGUGCUCCGCAGAGACUCUUUGAGAGAAGGAAUUGGACUCCACAAGCUAUGCUCUACCUGAAGGGUGCACAGGGGCGCCGCUUCAUCUCCGACCAGAGCCGGAGGAAGGACCUCGCCGACCGGCCGCCGCCCGAAAGACGAAGCCCAAAUCCCCAACUACUAACUCUUCCAGAGGCAGCAGCUGUGCUAUUGGCUUCCUUGCAGAAACUGCAAGAAGCUGGAGAAGAAACCUUUGAUCAAACCAGAUUCCUAGAAGAUAGCCUGCUAAACUGGUGAAAAUAUACCAGAUUCCAUUCAAUUAUAGUUCUGUUCUUGUUGAAAAUAUGAACCAUGUGAAUAAAGCCUGUGGACCCUUUUUAUCUUCAUUUGUAAUCUUAGGAACAUGUGCAGCCAGUUUUAUUCUUUCAGAAGCUAAAGUGAUGUUGAGUUCUUAGUGAGAACAUCGUUGCUUUCUUCCAUUGCUUCAGGUCCUGUUUAGAUCGCCUUGUGUCUUACUCUUGAAUUUUUUAGCCCAUUUAUAAUUAUUAGGUUGAAGACUCUUUAGAGUGUUCUUUCGUUUUGUGACAACAAAUACCCAUCUUGAUCUAAUCAUUCUUAGUUGCUUUUUUUCAUUCUGUUACCCACUUGCACUGUCUUAUCACUCAGCAGAGAAUCUCCUCUCCUUUUCCCCCUUUUCUCACCUCCAAGGAGGGUGAGGCAGGGAAGCAUGGCAAGAUGGGAAAGAGUAGAGUGUGAUUCUUUUAGUAUUCAGGAGAGGUAAGUUGUCAGGAAGGGAAGAGGGAAGGGAUGACUGGGAAGAAGCCCUGUGAUCAGACACUGCAGUGUGGUUGCUGAGAGAGGGGACCCUUGGUGAGACUGGAGCCAGUGGAAGGUUCUACAGCUGGAAGCUCCCCCUUGUGCUCUCUGGGGAUCUCCCCGAAUUCAGUUUAGAAACAAGGAUCUAAAAGUUACUGGGAAAUAAGCAGAUGGAAACACACGCUGCUCUUGUACAAAAGAAACAAACCAGUUUUUUAGAGGUAACCCAUUUUCCAUGGCUAAACAGACUCAAACACUACUUACUCUAAUUGACUAGAACUCUAGGCUUUAUUUGACAUAAAAACAUAACAUAAAGGCACCCUGAUACAAAGUGCAUGGUAAUAUGCCUAAUUUAUUCAUUUUUUUAACUCAACUAGGGUUCAGUACUAUAUGAAAAAUAAAAUACACACAUACUUACAGCAAGCAUAUAGUAUAUUUAUUUGGAAUUACAAUAUGACCACCAUGUUCAUUAUUUUUGACUUAAUUACUUGAGAGUUGUUAUUGGUAAAUGUCACAAGUAGAAAGUAUUGUCCAUUCUUAUUGUCAUCAGUAUAUAGCUAUUAGUCAGUAGCUAAAGAAUAUCAUUAUGUGAAUGUCUCUGUAACUUGGAAUUACAAUUUUACUGUGUUAAGUAAUCAAAACCCUGCUUAUAAGAUUUGUCUGUAUCUCAUUUCAUAAUUGAAUAAUGAAACUGUAUUCAAGUUAAUGUAACUUUGAUGUCUGCCAAAAAAAUAAUAUGCUAACAAUAAAAAAAAUCUAUGUGGCAUUAUAAUAGGUACCUGUCAUUAAUUAUUGUUUGA